AUGCUGAGUCAUGCUGAGCCAAUGAGUUUGCCGACAGAACUCUUCUCGCUCCAUGCACUCCUCACAAACGACCCCAUUCCCGGCAAGUCGCUUCAUGCGAUGCUAGCGGGAUCUCAUGCCAGACCUCAACCGUCCCCCCUUCACAAAUCGGUUGAAACCGUGAUUCAUAGUGCUUUUUGGGACGUCGCCCGUGAACAAUUGCGAGGAGAUCCUGUAGCUCAACUAGAACGUUCUAAAAGCUUGCUCCUAGAUGUCUAUGAAGCCAUAGAACCGCUACUCCGGCCCAAUGACCCAGUCCUCUCUGAACUACGUCGAAUCCCACCUACCACAUCCCUCCUUCAUUCUGUCAAGCUCAUACUGAAGGAUGUGCUACUAUCUCUUCGCAAGCGAGCCGCGCCAGUCCGCGAUCCUUCUAUCGACAAACUUUUGGACAACUUAGAGACAAGCGCAAAUGAUUUGGAGACAACAAUCGUCGACACAAGCAAAUCCCUCCUCUCCUUGGCAGAAAUAAUGAAGAGUGAUCUUACCGACUUCGUCGUUGGCUCCAUGACAGAUAGUGAAUUGCGCACCUAUCUGACUCAGCGAGCCCACCAAAACGAAAGGAAGGCUAUACUUAACGUCUGGGACAAGAGCGCAAUCGAUGAAAUUUGGCGUGCCUGGGUCGGUGAAUUGGAGGUUGGACACUCAUUUUCUCCCAGAGAGGCUUGGAUUCGACGCCUAAUGCAAUCGCUUCGAUCCACUAUUCCUGUCUCCUGCCCGUUGCCAGAUUCGGCUGAGGUUUCUGGAGUCAAUACCCUCCCGCCCCCGUUCUUGUUUUCCCAGCCGCAACUUUUGCGGAUGCAAAACUAUCUGCAAGCCCUCGUUGUCGCUACAUCACUUCGUAGUCUAGUCCAUAUCCCUAGCGGCAACGAUGCGGGUGCUUUCAUCGCUCGUGUCUGGGUCCUUUUAGAAGCCGAAAUAGAUGAAAAAGACUCUGUUGGCACGACCAAGCUUAUAAAUCUCGCUGACGAGGUUAUCAGAGCUAGACGAUUAGUUUCUGCUGUGGAUGAAGCCGAAGAAAGUAGACUCCGUGAAGCUGUAGAUCGCACGUUGCGAUAUAGCGACCCCGUCUUCAAGUUACUCCAGAAAAGGCUACUGGAUGCGCUUGCUCAGGAGCUCUGCCAUGACACGAUCACAUCUCUUUCUGCUCCAUCACGGAUGCAAACGGGUCGCUCUCUGGGUGCGUCGGAAGGCUCACUUCCACUUCAACAACCCCCUCUCUUUGUCAAAGGAUUCGAAGACCCUGUUAUUGCCAAUGCAAUCCGAAAGACAAGUGAUAGAAUCCGGCGCGACAUCGAUUGGGUCCAGGAAAUGUGGUUCAAUGUUUAG